AUGGUCGACAUCGAGGUCGUCGACGCCGGCGCGCCGCCCUGGCCGCUCGUGCCCGACCCGGCGUGGACGAGCACGGUGGCGCCGAGCCUGCCGUUCCUCCAGUGGCACGAGCACGUGGCGCUGCGGCUCGUGGGCAUGACGACGCUCGAGAUGCCCGCGUCGCCGUUCUUCUCCCUCUUCCUGCGCACGGGCGGCGGCCACGCGAAGCGGUACAACGCCGCCCGCGGCAUCACGAAAUACGACGAGGGCGACUGGCGGGACGACCGCGCCGCGGCGGGCAAGGUGCGGCGCGUCACCUACGAGGUCGACGUCGUCGACGACGCGUCGCGGUCGCGGCGCGUCGCCGUCCACGAGACGCAAAGCAUCGUGCCGACGGCCGACGGCUACGUCUACGAGGCGCGGACCGUGGAGGCCGGCUGCGAGGCCGUCGCGCGCGCGGCGGCGCCGGCGGCGCCGACGUCGCCCUACGGCCGGCGGUCCGACGGCGGGCCGGCCUACUACACCGCGGAGCGCUGGGUCGUCGCGGAGCAGCGGGGCCUGCUGCGCGCGCACGCCAAGGUCAGCGUCUACGCCGCCGCGCCGCCGUCGCCCGACGGGCCCGGCGGCGGCUGGACCGACGAGGCCCACCGGCGCUUCGACGCCUGGCACGCCGUCGCGACGCGCGAGACCUACGCGAACGCCGUCGGCGCGAUGGUGAGCGACUCCGUCUUCGGCACGGCCGUCGGCGGCGGCGAGAAGCGGAAGCAGGGAGACGCCGAGCCGCGGCCCUUCGUCGCGCCCGUGCCGCCGAGCCGCGUCGACUUCAUGACCCAGCUCGAGGAGCCGCCACUCGUCCGCGAGCGCGCGCCCGCGACGGGCCCGGCGGACGAGCCGUCGCCGCGCGCGCGCGGGGUUUCGACCGUCGUCUGCGUCGACGUCGAGGAGGUCGAGGCGCGCGGCGACGCGGCGAAACCGGCGAAGAAGAGCGGCCUCGGCUGCGGCGAGGCGCCCUGGGCGGCCGGCGCCGUGCCCGCGUCGCUCCUGUCGCCGAAGCGCGCGUCCGGCUCGACCUACGAGAUCGUCUUUGAUGGUGUUGUGGGCCUCCAGUUCGCCGAUUUAGGAACAGGCGCCCUCGUCGACGGCCACGAGGGCUACGGAGCGGCCGACGCCCCUCCUGGGGUCGGAUCGGCGCUCACGUCCGUCAACGGCGUCCGCGUGGGCGGCCUCACCUUCCAGAGCGCCAUGGCCCUCGCGGGCCAGCGCAAGCGGCCGCUCGCGCUGGGCUUCCUCGAGGCGACGCCCGACGCGCUCGUCGACACGUUACUCGUGGAGCGCGCGGCCGGCGGCUGCGAUGCUCGCGCCGUCGACGCCGCGCUCGCGGCGCCCGGGGCCAAGGACCUGCGGGCCCAGCUCGACGCCUUCGUGGCCAACUUCAACGCCGCGGACCUGCGCCGGUGCGCCUACGUCGGCGGCGACCAGCGGCCCGGGGCCAUGUUCCGACGGGCCGUCGACUUCGCCGUCGACCAGCUCCGGGAGAAGCGGCUCCUCGCGAGCGGGUCCCCCCAACCCCAGCAGAACAAGACGGCGGCGCUGCGCGUGAGCCGGCGCGACGACGACGCCGAGGAGCGCGACGACGCGUACUGGGCGUCGUGCCGGAAAGUCGUCGAAACGCGGCUCGCGGCGCGCGUCGCCGACGCCGCGUGGGGCCUCUCGCCCGAGGCCGGCGCCGGCGACGACGAGCUGCGCGUCCACUUCCACUCGCUGCGGUCGGCGCCCGAAGACGGCGCGGAGUGGCGCGUCGCGCAGCUCGAGGUCGAGGCCGCCUGCGCCGCGAGGACCGCCGGCGACGCCGUGGACCGCUUCGCGACGGCCGUGCGCUUCAUCGCGUCCGCCGUCGAGGCCUGCAGCAACCGGGGGAGGACGCUCCAGUGCUACUCGGCGAUCGGCGCGGACGAGCUGCUCCCGGCCAUCACCUGGACGCUCAUCCAGGCCGACGCGCGGACGCUGGCGUCGACGCUCUGGUUCGUCGACGAGUUCGCGGGGGCCGACGACCUCCGGGGGGAGCGGGGCUACGCGUUCGCGAACGUCCAGGCGGCGUCCGACUUCGCGCGGAAGACUCUGACGUCCGCGGCGCCCCUCGAGGGUCUGAUCGCCCCCGACGCCUUCGACCAGGGCGUGCGGCGGGCCGUGCUCACGGACGAGGCCGUCGCCGCGGCGACGCGCGGCGACGGCUCGAAGCUCGGGCUGGUUCUAGCCGCGGGCGCGGACCCGCUCGGUCUGGGCUCCGGCCUCGACGCGACGCCCCUGUCCGCGGCCAUCGUCUCGCGGGACCGCGACGCCAUCGCGAAAUGUUUGGGGCGGCUGUCCAUCGAGGGCGCGUCGAACGGCGCCGACGACCGCGUGGAGUUGGAGUGCCACGACGUCGACAACGCUCGGCCGUCCGACGGCGCGACGGCCCUGAUGGUCGCGGCGUCCGUGGGCGAUCUAGACGUCGUAUUAGCGCUCCUCGCCCUGGGCGCCGACGGCAACCGGCGCGCCGACGCGACGGGGCGCACGGCCGCGCGGCGCGCGCGCGACGGCGGGCACGACGCCGUGGCGGAGGUCCUGGCCUGCGCGGCGCCGACGCCGGCGGCGCUGCUCCGGGCCUGCGCCGUCGGCGACGCGGCGGCCGUGCGCGGGCUGCUUCUACGGGGCGCGGACCCGGCGGCGAAGGUCGGGGGCUGCCCGCCGCUCGUCGCGGCCGCGGCCGCGGGGAGCGGCGCGUGCGUCGCCGCCCUGCUCGCCGCGGACGGCGUCGACGUCGACGCGACCUGCGCCAAGGGGUCGACGGCGCUCAUGCGCUGCGUGGGCUUCGACGAGCGCUGCGCGGCCAGGCACGGCGCGCCCGCCGCGGCGCCGGCGAAGCAGGCCGCCGCGGCGAUCGCGCUCCUGAGGAAGGGCGCGGACCGCGGCCUCCAGGACCGCUUCGGCAAGUCGGCCCUGACCUGGUGCCGCACCCAGGGCGGGUCCAAGGCCCUCGAGUCGGUGCUGCGCAACGACCCGGCGAAGAAGAAAUUGUGCGAGGCCUGCCGCGACAAGCGGCCCGACGACGCGCGCGCGUUGCUCCUCCAGGGCGCGGACGCGGACGCGCCCUGCGAGGCCAAGGGCUACACGCCCCUCGUGGCCGCGGUCUACAACGACGACGUCGCCAUGGCGACGAUCCUGCUCGACCCGCCCGUCGAGCCCGACGGGUCGCGGGCGUUCGCGGCCGCGGCCGUCGACGGCCGCGGCCGCGGCGGCCUGACGCCCCUCAUGUACGCGGCGCAGCGGCGGAGCGCCGCGACGUCGAGCCUCCUGCUCCGCUUCGGCGCCGCGCGGGACGCCGUCGACGACCGGGGCCGGUCGCCGCGGGACCACGCGGCGUCCGGCAACUGGCCCGCGGGCUCCGAGGCCGCGAAAGCCGAGCUGCUCGAGCUGCUCUCCACGGACCCGCGCAAAUUGCUCCUCGUGGAGGCGGCGGCGCGCGACGACGCCGCCAAGGUUUUGGCGCUCCUGGGCCACGGCGUGUCGCCGAACGAGUGCCGCCGGCUCCGGUCCGCGCGGCGCGCGCCGCCGCGCGCGCCCCCGCGCGGCGGCCGGCCCCCGGCCAAGGCGCCGCCGCCGCUGCCCUGCUGGCACCUCGAGCUCUGCACGCCGCUCAUGGCCGCCUGCUGCUACGACGCGGCCGCGGCCGCGCGCGCGCUCCUCCGGAGCGGCGGCUGCCGCGUCGACCUCGCGAACCCGCUGGGCCUCACGGCGCUCCACUACGCUGCUUUACGCGGCCGCGCGUCGACGAUAUUGUUGCUGCUGGAGUGCGGCGCGGACCGGACGCUCGCGGACCGCGCGGGCCGGACGCCGCUCGACUGGGCGGAGCGGCGCGCGGCGAUGGACAGCGCCGCGUUCCGCCGCGCGGACCGCGCGCCGGACGAGCCGGCGUCCUUCGAGGCGGCCCUCACGACCACGGGCGGCGUGGACCGCGCCGACGAGCUCGCGGUCCACGUGCUCCGCUACUCGCCCGAGACGCACGGCGCGACGGCGCUCGCCGCGGACGGCGACGACCGCGGCGUCGUGGCCCUCGUCAUGCAGGGCGUCGACGUCAAUGGCUUCGACGACGGCGGCGCGACGCCCCUCAUCGCCGCCUGCGGCCACGGCAGGCUAAACGUCGUGCGGCGGCUCCUCGCGCACCGCGACGUCGCCGUGGACCUCGCGGGCAAGCGGGGCGUGACGCCGCUCAUGCACGCGGCGGCGGCGGGCUUUGACGACGGCGUGCUCGCGUUGCUGCGCAAGGGCGCGGACCGGCGAAAACGGACGGACCAGGGCCGCCGCGCGGCGGACUACGCCGCGGAGCACGGCCACGUCGCGCUAGGGGCGCUCCUCGAGGCGGACCCGGACGUCGUGUCCGUGCACGACGUCGCGACGGAGGGCAGGCUGCUCGCCCUCGACGGCCUCAUCCGCCAGCGGCCCGACCUGCUGAACGCGCGCGACGCCGCGCGCGGCGACGCGCCGCUGCUCCUCGCCGCGAAGCACAGGAAGCUGAAGGCCGUCGAGCUCCUGCUCGCCAAGGACAAGGUCAAGGUCGACUGCCCGAACGCGAACCGCGAGACGCCGCUCAUGCACGCGGCCAAGGCCGGCGCGCUCGACAUCUGCUCGCGGCUCCUGGCCAAGGGCGCGGACCCGAACGCCAAGGACGCGGACGGCCGCACGGCGACGUCCUGGGCGUCGUCGAAGUCCUACGCCAACAUGAUGCUCUACAUGGGCGUCGCCGCCCUGUCCUAAUCGUGGGCGUCGCUGCCAUCGUGGGCGUCGCUGCCAUUGUCCCUAAUUCGAUGCCGCUU